AUGACCAGUGCAAGAUUUGACCAGUCGAGCAUGGAGGAGCUCGAUCAUACCAAGGAUUUGUCUGAGAAGCUUGUGGCAGGUGUUGCUGAGUCUGCAUCUGCACUAACUCUGCAGGAGCCAGAUGCUUCGUCCUCAGGGGGUUGGUAUCAGGUGUAUUUCAUUAGAACCGACCGCUCAGGAUAUUUCCGCAUGUACCCUGAUCUGGGUGGACCAUUCCAGAGUUUAGAUCAAGUUGACUGUGCUAUCAAUCAUCAUCUUGCCAAACUGCAGCAUCCGUCAGAGUUCGAGGAGAAAGAUAAUUAUUCUAUUGUGGAUAAGCUGAUACAUGAGCAUAAUUAUUAUCCUGAUGGUACACCAAAGAGAACCAAUUCGCGAAGCAAAACGAAUCCUAACGAGGAGCAGCGUCAUUUGGUUCAAGCUAUAUUGGACCAGUAUAAUGAUGACAACAAUCUUUUCGGAGUUCAUGCACAUGAGCUUGAAAGUCUUGUGAGGCACAAAGGGAUUUAUGAGAAUGAUAGGUGGUUCUAUCAUUUCAAUUUUACAACAAAGACAAAAGGAGCUAAUGGCACCCUUGGCUCUAGCAACCUAUUCUUUGCUGAAGUGUCACAUAUGCGAGAAGAAGAUGCUUGGGAGGUCAACUGUUGCUGCACAAUUAAUUCCGACGACAACGGUCACUGCUAUGGCUGUAGAAACAAUGGAAGUCCCGGUAUGCAGCACCCCACUGAUACUGGUGCAUACACUGGUGGUCACUUGGAUGAAUAUUUGCCAUUCGGAGGAGGAAGCCCUGGAGGGGAUCUCGAUGAUCCAAGUGUUCUGGAGAGAAUCUACAGUUACUUCGAUAGAGAUAGAAAUACGGGAGAAACAUGA